AUGCCGACUCUCCGAACAGCCCUUCUCGCGCUCAUCGGGGCGGCCGCGGUCACACUCUACCUCGCCCACGUAAUCACCGCCACGCGCUGCCAAGAGACUACUGGCUUGGCGGUCCUGCGCGGACAGAAGCUGCCUCGACUGGCGGGCGGCGCCGGCACUGCCGCCAUCCCGGCUACGGCGGCCGUGACGGCGCCUCUGGCGCCGGAGAUCCUUGGAAACCUCCGCCUCAACGAGCCGGCGCGGAGGCUCUUUGGGUCGCUGCGGCCCGCGACGACGCCCGUGAUCCACUUUACCUUCGGCUCCGGCGCGAUGCUCGACUUCCUGCGCAACUGGCUGCACUACGUGCGGCGCGCGGGUCUCGAGCCGGCGGUCGCGGGCGCGGCCGACGCGCAGAUGCUUGCGGCCUGCUCAAAAGAGGGCAUCGCGGCGCUCGGGAUCGUGGAGGGGCUCGACGUGUGGACGUAUGAGCGGUCGGCCGCGGCAAAGACGGUGGUGCAGGAGGGCGCGGCGGAGUGGAAGUACUACCGGCACCACAAGAGCUCCUUCCUCGAGCUCGGCCUGGUCAAGGCUGCCUUCCUGUGGGAGCUCGUCUCGCUCGGCUACGACGUGCUCAUCUCGGACCUCGACGUGGUCUGGCUCUCCGCGGGCUGGGAGCGCUGGAUGACCUACCGCGUGCCGCACUCGCCGCCGCUGCGCGAGGCGGAGCUCAUCGCGAUGGCGGACGUCCUCGUGUCGACCGACGAGCUCGACGAGGAGUACGACGCGUUUGGCCGCUACGAGCGGUGGCCGCACGGCGCCGGCUGGGGCCGCCGCACCGACCUCAACACUGGCGUCGCCUGGCGGCUGGCGAUGCUCGCCAAGCGCGAGGCGGAGAACACAAACGACCAGUUCAUCUUUGUGGCGAUGGUGCGCGACGCCGGCAUCGAGCCCGUCACUUCCUCGCCGGAGCGGAUGAGGACGUGGCGCGCAUCGCUAGCGGCGCACGGGCUGCACCGGCCGGAGGCCUUUGGCCGCAUCAGCCCGUCCACGCGGGGCGUCUUCCUCUCCAAGGAGGGCUUCGCGAGCGCCGCGCCGUGCCUGCCGAGCGAGCGGUGCGCGCCGCAGCGCUUCAGCCUGGCGACGCUCCCGCUGCGCGUCUUCACGGGCGGACACACGUACUUCAUGCAGCGGCUGCACAAUGCGCCGGGGCACGACUUGCCCCGCCUCUCUCCGCUGACCGUCCACUUCACCUUCCAGUACUCGGACACGCCUGACUACCCGCACGGCAAGCGGCAGCGCGCGAGGGAGGCGGCGCUGUGGGCGGCGCAGCGUGUGGCGGUCGAGCGGCGCUUUCCGGAGUGGUCCCCGCAGCGGCACAUGGCGCUCGACGCCAUCCAGCGGGCGGUCGUGCGAGACUUGCUCGCGCUGAGUCGCGCGCUCGGCGCGGCGCUCGUGAUGCCCCCGCUCACCUGCUCGUGCGACCGCUAUUGGGGCCACCUCGAGAACUGCCGCAUGCCGACCGCGCCGCGAGCGAUGCCGCUGCCAUACCGCUGCACGCAGGACUCGCUCUUCGAGAUCAAGUUUUGGAACGACAAGAAGGCGGACUUUCUCGACGACGCGCGAGUGCCUCGCGCGGUGACCGAGGCGGCGGCGGGCACCGCGGAGGAGACCUUCUCCGCCGUGCUGCGGCCGGGGACGCCGAUGUCCGAGGUUGGCGCCGCCGUGCGCCGAGCCAACGCCGACGCGCGGCUGGUCGAGAUUGGGGCGGCGGACCUGCGCCGGCUCUGCAAGUGGCUCGGCUCGACGGAGCAGAACGCCGCCUUCAACGCGCUGCAGCGGUACGUGCUGCACGAGUCCGCGCGGUACUGCCCUGUGGAGGAGCAGUUUCGCCGCGGCGGCGUGCACUUCCGCGCCCCCGACCACUGGCCGGAGGUGGACCGGCCGGGCUGGGACUGGAUGAACCCCUUCACCGCCUACAACUGCACUUGGGGCUUCACGCCGCCGACCGACUUCCCCGAGCCCGCCGACGGUGCGCCGCCGUGCGCGGGGAGGGCCGCCGCCGGUGUGCCCAUGGCGGGCGGCGGCGCGUUUGCAGACCGGCACAACUCGACGUCGUGCGCUCGCGCAAUGCUGUGCGACUACCACGUGCGGGAAGGCGGCGAGCUGUCCAUCGAGCUUGAGCGUGCGAGCCGGUGCAACCUCGAGGGAUACGGCGGCGUCAACUACACGCGGCACGGCGCCGCGAUCAAGGCGGCGCUCGCCGCCAUGCCGGGCGGCCGCUGCCCGUACCCUGACGGGGUGACCCCGAACUGGAAGGAGGUUGUGUUUGAUCCGUGAGAGUGUGAGAGUGUGAGAAGGGGGGGAGGGGAUGACGAGGUACAGAAAAGCAAUCUAAACUAGCA